CCAGCUCACCCGGUUCGUUCGUGUAGGUGGCGCAUGUCAGCGAUGGCGAAGGAGCUAGCUGGCGACGAUAAAGACUUGCUUCGCAAGAAAAACCAAAGAAAGAUGCUGAAGCAGUUCUACCAAGGAUCUUCCGAAGCUUCGGACAUUGGAUUUGAUCCGUACAACAUCAAUGGGCCGGACUUCAACCCGGAUCUGUACCUAAAUAAGCUCCUGAAGGAAUGUACCCUCGCAGAUCUGAUGGACAAGGAACAGGAAAUAUACAAACAAAUCCAAGCCCUAGAUAGCGAAAUGCAGACCUUGGUGUAUGAAAAUUAUAACAAGUUCAUCAGUGCUACCGACACAAUUCGCAAGAUGAAAAAUGACUUCAAACGCAUGGAAGAGGAAAUGGAUCACUUGUCAUCAAACAUGUCGGAGAUCACAAAGUUUAGUGGGAGUAUCUCGGGUACCUUGCAAGGGAGAAGGGACCAGAUGAUCAAACUCUCGAGCACCCACGCUCUCCUGAAGAAGUUACAACUGCUGUUUGAGCUCCCUCCUCGGCUAAAAGCCUGUAUCGAGAGCGAAUCCUAUGAAGAAGCAGUAAUAUAUUACAGCAAAGCCCAGAAGGUCCUUCGACAAUACAAACACAUGCCAUCAUUCUACGGCAUACAUGACGACUGCAAUGCAGUUGUCGAAGUACUCAAAGAGCGUCUUAGGAAAAAGUUUGAUCAUCCAGAGGUUACCACCAGGGAACUGUUUGACACUGUCCAGCUCUUAUUUCAACUGCGGGAACCAACGGACACGCUUUGUGAUAAUUACCUUUCUAAUGCUCGCCGCACUCUGGAUAGGGAUAUAAAGGAACUCCAGCGUCAAGUCAAAAUGCUCACGGAUCCAGCUGCAUGUUCUCCAACAGAGGGUGGAAAAGAUGCGGCGCUCGACCUUCCCAUGCACAUCUUGGAGUUUAUGAACAUGGCAUGCAACUGUGUUGUGAGCGGCCUGUGCACCAUCAUUGAGUCCUACACAGACUUGUUCAUCAACAGGCUGCCAGUGGAGUAUUAUGAAAAUGGAGAAUCGGACGUGGCUGUGGUGCAGAAGUUGAAAGCCUUUCUGGACGAACUAAUGCAGCAAUUGUUUCACGUUGUGGAACAGAGGGUGGCAGCAGAGAGCCGCCUGGUCGACAGCAGCAUCCUGGUGAAGGCGCUGGACCGGUUCUGCCAAAGGUUGCAGGCUCUAAGCAAGAUGAUGCCUGAUGCUGACUACAGCAAGCCCACCGCCAAGAUAGUAAAGCAGGCGGCGCAGGACCAGUGUGCUUUUGUGCUGCACACACUGCGCCAGUUCUUCAUGGAGCGCCUGACGGACGUGCGCCACAGUCUGGCCCUCCCUCGGACCGUCGGCCAGGACAGCCUCAGCCUGGCGGACCUGCACAUGGGGCUGCAGACGCUCAUCGUCAACCAAGUUCGCUGCCUGCUCAAGGGCUUGCAAGCUUUUGUUCAUACCGAUGUGGAGUUCACGAAACAGGCCAACUUCCAAGACAGCUUCUGCCUUGAAGUCCGGGAGGAGAUCGUUGUUGCCUUCAUUCGCUCCAUCAACAAGGUGGCAUUGGAGUUUUGUGAAACAGCUGGUGAGAAGAGUGGUGGAGCACCACCAAGCCUUCUUCUGCUAUUGUCACGUUUCAGUGUAGAAAUGAAGACUGCACUCGUCAAUCAGCUGCUUGGUAUGGCUGAUGAAUUGUUUGGGGCACCAGACUCUCCUAACCUGACUCCUGCAUCAUUGCUUGUACAGGAGACAAGUGAUGUUGCUCAGACACUCAUCGACCAGUUUGUGCGGGUUCAGGGCCUUAUAAUCUCUCAGAUGCUGAGGAAGAGCGUGGAGACGCGUGACUGGAUGAAUGCCUUGGAGCCACGCAACGUCCGGGCAGUCAUGAAGCGUGUCGUGGAAGACGUGACGGCGGUGGACAUGCGAGUGGGUCAACUCUACGAGGAAGGGGCCCGGAACGAGCGCAGCAGCGACUCGAGCAGGCGCACUUACCCCUACAGUGCGUCAGGACGGGCCCACUGGAGUGCACGUUGGCCUUCCAGCGUGGAUCACAGCUUGCUCAGUAACAUCCAAAAGCUCUUCUCGGAGAAGAUUGACAUCUUCACCACGGUCGAGUUUUCCCGGGUGUCGGUCAUGACGGGUAUCAUCAAGAUUGGUCUCAAGACAUUCUUGGAGUGCGUGCGACUGAAGACGUUUAGCCGCUAUGCGCUACAACAAGUUCAAGUCGACACUCAUUACUUGCAACUCUAUCUCUGGAGAUUCGUCAGUGAUGAAAAUCUCGUUCAUGUUCUGCUGGAUGAAAUCAUGGGUAGUGCCAUCCACCGCUGCUUCGAACCGAUCCUGAUGGAGCCAAGUGUCGUGGAGGUUAUCUGCGAGAGGGGUUAACAGCUGCCUCCUUGCUUCAGUCUGUCUGGGGCUUUAGAACAGUCAAAGAAAAUUAUGCUUACUAUACCUAACUUUUCUUUGUGGUAUUUCUGCUUUGUGCCUUGAUUGGCAUAAAGGUUCAUCCCGUCACUAACACUUUUUUUUUUUUUUUUUUCUUGAUGUAGAUAAUCUACCCCCUUUCAGUGUCUCGUCCUCAAAGCAGAAUCUUGGUGUUAGCUCACAUUUAAAAGGGUGUCGGACUAACAGCAAAGUCUGGAAGGCAUUUACAAGAAUUUACGCCGAUAAAUGUGUGAAGCUUCGUACUGCGUAGCGGAGUGCUGAUUAGAUGUCCAGACUCUUAUGUGUUUAAGAAGAGUACCAGUGUCACUAAUUCUAAACAAACUGUAAAAUACCUGAAUGUGAAGUGCAGAUAUGGUGUCAGACAGGUGCGACCUUGUGUAACUAGUGAUUGGCCUUUUUUUUUAUUAUCAUUAAUAUUUGCAGGUAACUGAUUGCAUACAGUUUGAAACACAUUGUGAGCAUAAUGAAUGGCAUUGAAGCAAACUUACGGAGCUGCGCUGUCGACCUUGGCAGGUGAAUGGCACACACCUGGGGCCAUUUAUUUUUCUGACGGCUCUGACUAGAGGGAAAAUAUUUUAAUUGUUUUCUGUCAUUCGAUCACGUUGUUUCCUAUUAGAGCAUAAUUCCUUUUGCCAUUCACGUCUCCAUACCAAUAUGGAAACAAAUUCUUCUCUUUUCUCUAAGGGUAAGUCGCCAGAAUGUUUUACUGCAUAGUACCAUGUUUCUCAACACAUGCACUAAGCUGAGGAAAUUCUUAAAUGGACAAACUACUUUUUUAAUCAAGCUUGGAUAUAUUGCAUAAAUAAAAACCUUGAAGUUUUCUGCUGAGACAGAAAGUGCUCUUAUAUUCAGCCAUUGUCAGCUGCCAGUGCCUUACUUACCUUAUUGCAGCAGUGAAUGCAUUUUUAAAAUUUGUGCAGCAUAGGCCAAGUUGUGCUUCAUUAUUGGAUACAAAAAAAAAAAAAAAAAGUAACAAUUAGGAGCUUAGUUAUAGCGGGAAGAUGCAUGUCGAUGAACAGCGCGUCGCUAGGGAGUUUAAUAAUUCCUUUUGUCUGUGUACAGUGUUGAUAACUCUGUCUUCCCAUCAUUCACCUAUAACAAUCACGGGAUUAGUGACCUAGUAGUCUCUACAGAAGGGAUCCUUGACAGCCUUCUAUGGCUAGACAUUAGAAAGUCGUGUGGCCAGGAUGGAAUUCUUAAUGCUUUCCUAAAAAGGUAUUUCAUUUCAUUUCAUUUCAUUUAUUAUCCCUUAAAGGCCCCCAUAAGGGGGAGGCAAUACAAAGAAGCACACAAGUAGAACUUUUAUACAAUAAAAACAAAAAACAAAACAUAGAAACAAGAUGUGGCUGAGCACUGGCCAUAGGUAGGAGCAUCGCACUGAUUACAUAUUAAAUAUAGACGAUACAGCAUGUCUGAAGAGGUCGGGGUCACUGAUGAACACUACAUGGUCCGGUAGAUUGUUCCACUCUAUUAUGGCAAGGGGAAGAAAUGAGCUGUUAAAGGUGACAGUGGAACCAUGGAUGCGACGAACACUAAGGGAGAAAGUCGUCGGGAUGAACGAUGCGGUUCUAACAGUAGAGACUGUCUGAGUAGAGGGUGGUAAUAAAAAAUCUUCUGGAAAAGACAGAUGCGUGAUAUUCUUCAGCGAGAAAUGAGAGUGGGGAGGCAUAAGGAAGCCUUCAUGGCCGACACACUGGCAGUGCAUUCAUAAUUAGAAAGAAUGAAUCGGGCAGCACGAUUCUGAAUAGAUUCUAAUUUGUUGGGCGUAGGUGCCGAAUGGUGUUCCACGUUUCUUUACGUGAUUCACUCUUGCAGUUCAAAAAAAGGUCAGGUGCCACAAGAUUGGAAAGUAGCCAAAGUAGUGCCUAUAUGUAAGAGUGUUUCCAAUUAGACCAGUGUUGUCGUUGAGUCCAUGUAGCAAGGUUCUUGAACAUUUCAUUUUCAAGCCCAUCAUAACACUUCUAGACUCUAUGGCGUUUCUAAUAGAUGAACAGCUCGGGUUCUUUAGAGUGUGCUGGACAGGGACACAACUUCUCCACACGGUUCAUAAUUUUGCUACAGUAAUUGAUAAUAAUGAUCAAGUCAAUGCUGUUUUCUUAGAUUUCGCGAAGGCGUUCGACAGGGUUUUAUAUUGCAAGUUAUUGCAUAAGCUGAAGCAGGUAUUAUAAAAUAAUUUUUCUUGAAAUGGUUAGACUCUUACUUCUGUGUCUGUGGGCAAUGCAGAAUCCAUUGAAUUACCCAUUCUGUCUGGAGUAUCCCAGGGCUCGGUACUCGCACCAUUGCUCUUUUUAUUUUUUACCAACAAUCUAAUAGUAGAUAAACCCUCGAUACAGUGUAGAUUUUUCGCAGAUGACUGUAUACUCUUUUCCAAAAUAGCCUGCAUUUGUGUUUAGAUGAUAGCCUUCAAAUUAUUUUUUUCUAGUGUCAAAAGUUUCAAAUGGACUUGGACGUUAAGAAAUGCGUGCAAAUGGCAAUAAUGCUGAAAAAGGUACUGCGUUUUUCCCCCUACACUAUCAACUCCAAAGCUUUAGCUGUAGUCAAUAAAUACAAGUAUCUAGGCGUAACGAUUACUUUUAAGCCAAACUUUUUACUUUGGAGAAGUUAUUGCCAAAGCGUCUAGAAAGCUGUGGUCUCUGCGGAAGACCAUGAUACACUGCACUCCUGAAACGAAGCUAACGGCGUAUAAAUCCCUAAUCCGUCCUUUGCUAGAUUAUGCCGACGUCUUAUGGAACCCUCAUUCACAAUCAUAUACAGUUGAACCUCGAUCUAACGAACCCCGAUCUAACAAAAUGCAUGAUUUAACGAAAUUGUUUUCGUCUCCCUAUCUUGCUUCGAUUGAACACAUUGUAUUUUAUCUCUCGAUUUAGUGAAGUACUUUUGUGCCACAGUUUCGAUUUAACAAAGUCUUCGUAAAUUGCACAAACACAAAUCAACGGCUUUUGCGAGAAAAAAAAUUUAACUGAAACUAACCUUAUUGUUGAAAACUAAACAUAAAAAUGUGUGAUCAUUAUCUUUUUCACAAAAUAAAAAAGUACACACCGGUGAUGGCGGUGGUGAUGAAGAAGAUGAGUAGCCUCAUAGCCUCUGCCUCUCCUGGAAAAAAAAGAAAAGUCCACCAUAACAUGCACCUACGCCCAACAAACUAGAGCUCUUGCGCAUCUGCAACAACAAAUAUUUUGUGCCUCGUGUGUUGUGUUGGUAGUGGUUGUGUUUUUCUUGGAACACCGAGUGGUGCACCGCGCAAAAGGAAAGUCCUGUCGCUCGACAUCAAGAUGAAAGUAAUCGCUGUGGUGCAUUGGUUUCGUUUUGCUUUCUGACUGCACGCUGUCCUGCGGUGCUAGGCACUGCUCCCAUAACCAUACAAAGUGAGGGUCGAUGAACUGCAUUCUUCCAUUUGUUGCCACAUUUUGUAGUGGAAUUUUUUUUUUUUUUGUAAAUGCUCACUUGCAAGAUGUGGGGCAACUGGAGGGUUUUUGGAGCCUGGAAGACUAAUUGCGAUGCUAAAAAACAAAAAACCUCGGUACAACGAAAUUCGCGAUUCAACGAAAUUUUCAGCUCAAAAGAUGACUUUGUUAAAUCGAGGUUCAACUCUAUAGACCUGUUGGAGGGGUUAAAAAAAAUUCUUAGUUUCAUUUAUAAUUCAUGCAGCAAAGAAUCCCAUGUUUCACCAUUGUAUGGUGCAUCUAAACUGCCUGAGUUGACAUGUUGAAGGAAAGUAAAGUGCUUAAAAUUUUUACAUAGCAUAAUACAUAACAAAACUUGUUUAAAGUUUGAUGACUAUCUUCACUGUAAUGUGAACCAUGAAGCAUGACAAAACAUGAGAAACUGAUUCAUGAGUUUCGUUGCGGGAAAGACAUUUUAAAUUUUUUUUUUUUUUUGCGUACCGUUCGCGAUUGGAACGAGUUGCCCCACAGCUGACAGAUAUUGUCUCUUUAGCUACAUUUUCUGGUGCAAUUGAUGAACUUUCCUUCAUUACAAUGAACUCCAAGGACUGAACUGCUAACUCGUUUUACUGAAUGUUUUUGUGUAUAUAAUUGUUUUGCUGACAUUUUUUAUUGUCUUGCCUACACCAUGCAUUGGCCUUCAAGAGUUGGCUGGCAGUAUCUUCAAAAUAAAUAAUUAAACGGUU